AAUGGAAUGAGCCAAUGUCAACAGGGGAAGACUGAAAGGAGCGAUAAAAUCGGAAGGAGAAAGUUAAAUGUACAGAGUAUUUCGUAAACUCCGUCGAGUUGACUUUGGCGAGUGUAUCUGGCUGCUCACUCCGGUGACCGAGGCUCACUUAUACAAUUUUCAAGCCCUAUCCCGUAUCCGAGGGCCUUCCAACACACACACACUCUUAGCCUUCCGAUCGCCAAUUGCAAGCUCGUCCAAGGGGUUGCCAGGAGGCUCCGCCCAACGACCAAUGGAGCUGAUGCGCCAUCACCGCGAGUCGAUAAGGGGGUAAAAGCUCUCCUUGGACUCCUUUGUCGGGAGUAGGCGGGACCUGGAUGGGAAAUCCCCCAGUGGCACUGUCCCUGAUCUGGAUCAGGACUACCCCGAGGCCGUAGACGGAAACCAGAAAAUUAUGAAACCAUAGAUCACAGCACAACCGAACCAACGACGUCGGAUGAUCAAUUUUAUUUUAUCAAGAGUUAAUCCUUUCAGUCGGUUCCUUCGAUUGAUGUUUGUGGGGGUGGUUUGGGAGACGGGAGAGUGAGGGAUUUAUUUAACAGGGGGUGUUUUUUUUCGGGGGAGGUUUCCACCGAUCGCUGGGUGAGGAGAAUUAUUGACGAGUGGAUUGCGAUCGAUAGUUUCGGGUUUCGGGGUUUUUGGUGAAUCAAAAUGGAGGAGCAGGGGAGGGAUGCUACUUUGUGCAAAGUGUGUGGAGAUAAAGCGUCGGGGAAACAUUAUGGAGUGCCGAGCUGCGAUGGCUGCAGGGGUUUCUUCAAGAGAUCAAUUCGGAGACAUGCGAGAAAUUUGGAUUACGUCUGCAAAGAGAAUGGCCAGUGCAUAGUAGACGUCUCCCGUCGUAAUCAGUGCCAGGCCUGUCGGUUCGCAAAAUGUCUAGAAGUGAACAUGAAGCGAGAUGUGUCAUUUUCAGCGGUACAACACGAGAGAGCACCGAGAAGUACAUCGUCGUUGGUUAGUGCAGUGAGAAGAGCACCCUCGGCGAUAUAUCCGGGUAUAUCACACGUCUACCACACCACUGGCAGUCCUUACCAUCCCCUACUGUACUCAGGGCUCUUUCCAUUCAAGCCGGCGGUGACGACUUUUAGUCCCGGAGUUCCUCACUUUUUGCACCGACCAACGCCGGAACCACUGGCCAGCACUGCUGCCAAGGAGGAUGAGGUGACGAGCUCCGAGGAAGCUGGAAGUGUUCGUGGAAGUGAACAGAAAGAUUCCAUCGGAUUCAGGAGUUCCCUCCGGCUGGCCCCACCCCCAGGGAUGACCCCGAGUUUACCCGAGUACAGUAGCCCCAAUCAACCCCUUCUCCCCACAGAAAACGUUUACGAAUCAGCAGCCAAACUCCUGUUCCUCGCUGUCAAAUGGGCCCGGAGUAUUCCAUCAUUUCUAGAGUUGUCAUUCAGAGACCAGGCUAUUUUGCUUGAAGAGUCCUGGAGUGAACUGUUCGUACUGACCGCAGCUCAAUGGAACUUCACCAUCGAUGAAUCACUCUCAGUGCCUCUCAUGCUCCUUCCAACCGAGAGACAACAGAUUAUUGCUGACGAAUUCAGGAGACUACGAGAGUUACUCACGAGGUUCGCGAUUAUGCGGGUUGAUCACUCUGAAUAUGCUUGUCUGAAGGCCAUUGCACUAUUCAAAGGAGAGUCUAGAGGUCUGUGCGAUUCAGCAAGGGUUUCCGCCCUUCAAGAGCAAACAGUGACUGUCCUGGGGGAGCGAGGGGCUGGUAGGGUGGGUCGCCUCCUUCUGCUGUUACCCCCGGCGCGUGCUCUCUGUCGUGGAACCCUUCAGGAACUGUUGUUCAAACCGACAGUCGGUGAUGUCAGUGUUGAGAGACUCCUGGGAGACAUGGUGCGAGCCACAAGGCCGACAUAACUGAAAUGGAGAUGGAUCGUCGGGUCCUGUUGGCAAGGAAGGGAAUUCUCAAUUUUCAAAGCUGAAAAAUUAAGUCUGAAGGAAAUUUCAAAGGAAUAAUAACAAAAUUAUAAUGAUAAUUUAAUUGAUUUGUAGUAAUAAUUUUGUUAUUAUUUCAUAAGCGCAAAAGCAUUAAUUUAAAUCUUUUUUCAGUUCUUUCAAUAUUUUUGGAAUCUUUCAAUAUAGAAAUUUAUUUUGACAUCUGGAAUGUGUUAAUAAUAAAAUCAUUAUAAAUGUUAAUUACACAUUUAUAAUGACAGAUAUAAAUCUCAGGGGCAUGUGAGGCCCAAAUGAAAGCGUCGACUUUCGAUGAAGAAAAAAAUAAGAAAUUGAAUUUUUGAAAAAAUGGGAAAAAUAUGAGUCUCUAGACAUGACGUAAGCACAUUAAUUGAUAAUUAUUUAAUGUUGAUAUUGAUUGUCAACUAAGUAGUACUGGAGAGAGCAAAACAGCUGAUGAUUUUACAAUUUGAAAAAAUAACGAAAGGAUGUUCAUUCCCUUGCCACAGAACUGAAGCGAUAAAAAGUGUUGAAAUAAUUUAUAUAAUAAUUACUAAAGAAUUAAAUGAAUUUUCUCUAGUCUAUAAUCUAAAUAAAAGAGUAAAUAUCCUCGUGGGCUCGUGC